UUCGAAAGGGAAGCGCCCACCCUGUAGCCCCGGACAGUUUAGGGAACAGAGUCAGCCUCGCCAACCGAACAAUUGAGCUGGUUUCCGCUCAUGGUGGCCAACUCCCUUCGUGACUCAGCAGCGUUUACCUCUGUUGCUGUUUGCUCUCCAUGCCCUUCAUCCCACCAAGGUCUGGGAGGGAAGCUCGAGGCUGGGGGCUUAGUGAGAGUUGAAAGAGGUGUUGUGUGGCCAGGGUAAGUAGAGAGGAGCAAAGCUGGUGAAGGCUGGUGUCCACAGCCUGUGGAGUCUCCCUCGGAUGAAAUGUGACCACUGAAGAGUGAUUUGAUUCAAUUAAACCCUUAAGUUGUCAUUAUCCUGUUCAUUGGUGGAGCACGAUAAACCUCAUUGCGAAGUACUAAAUAUAACGUUUUUUGUUGGUUCAAUACAAGCUGUCAUGUUAUGUUAGGGCUCAAAAAUAGUGGUUCUAAAGAUAGAUUUUCCAAUGUAUUAGAUAUCCUUAGGUAAAACCCAGCCUGCUCAUAAAAGCUAAGACUGCCUCCUCAUAAGCAUAGACGCCACUCACUGUUACGUGUGCUGUUUAAGUGCAUUCUGUUGCCUUAACACUAGCAGGGGGUUCUGCCAUCUCUGUUUCCUCUCUUUCUUUUUUACAGUUUUGUUUUUUUCAAGCUGAAAGGUUAGUUUUCUUUUAGAAUAUUCCUUUUAUAAGUUUACAUAUAGAUCAAUCCUGUGAAGUAUGAACUUUGUGGGCUCCUGAAUUUAAUUACCUAUCCAGUAUUGCCUGGCCAGUCCUAUAGAAUUCUUUAUAAGGCCAAUGCUUCUGGCCAGAGGGUCAGUGGGGCAGCAUAGCUCCUGCUGAGUAUCUGAUGCCUCUGUUCUUUUCACACCAUCCAAUACUGAACUCUGUAUUUUACUCUGUCACAGAAUUGAGCUUUUAUAGAAUAUUGUUGAUUGGACAGAUGUGACUUGGGGGGAGGGGCAACCUUAUUUGUGGAGGAGGGACCAUUGGCAUUAAAAGAUUCUCCAUAGCAAAUCCUUCAGAUUUCAGGCUAAUUAACCAUUAAGAUGUUCAGUGUUUUAAUUUUGUUCAUGCUUUAAAAAUCGCAAAGGCUAAUUUAUUAUAGUUUUUUAAUUUGGUUGCUAUUAUUUUAGUAAUUAAAUUUAUUUACCAUAAAUUAAUAGCAGACAAUUGUUUCCAGGGUGAAAGUUUUAAGAUAGAAAUGGAUAAAUUAAUUUUAAGACUCAUAUGUUAGGCUUAUUUCCCUCUCAUUCAUUCUUUCUUUCUUCCUUUCUUUCUUUUUUUUCUUUCUGUUUCUUAUUUUUGUCUGCUUUUUCCUGAUGAAUUCCAGGCUGGCCUUGAACUUGGGAUAUCUUGCUUUACCUCUGGGACAGUGGAUUAUUGACAUGUGUCCCCUGCCAGGCUUACUUUAAGUUUCUAAGUAGGGAUCCCAGUUUGAGCCACUAGUUCUUGCCUGCUGCUUUUAGUAGGUAUAGGACCUGGGAUUCUUAAAGAUCAUUGCCAGAUGUAUAAAUAUAAUUAAAUAAAAUAUAUAGUAAAAGCCAGAAGGAUACAAAUAGCAAGCCCUACUCUUUUCAAUGUACAAUAAACACUAUUUUCCUUUUAAGAAUAGAUAACUAUUUUGUACAUAUAAUAAACGAUGAGGAAUUAAAAACUUGUAGUAUUUUAUAAUAUAUAUGCUUUUCUGUGCUGUUUCAACAGAGAGGGAUAUAAAUGUAUAAAAUCAUCAGAUACUUUGGUACCAAGUAGAGAAGGAUGUCAAAGGAAAGAGUUCCUCUUGCCUUUCUCACCUCCAUCUUCAGGGCUUGAGAGUUAGGGGUCUACUUAACUUAAAAUGUUGCUUGUCUGUUUCUACAAAACUCUUGGCCACACAUGAAUGAGCUCCAUCAAUGCUGAGAUGAAGAAUUCCCGGAUUCCUGCCUCAGUGGAGGCCUCUGAUCAUAAUUGUUGGAUGUGAUAACUGGAUUGUUCUGGCUGCUCGAAAGCCCUACAAGCCCAGACCUUUUCCUGGAUCAAGGUCCCGCUAGACUCCUUGACUUCUUGUCUCAUAUUUCCAUGGGCUGGCCUAGUUCCUAAGAGUUUUUAUUGCCCAGUAUCCUCCCAGUGUCCAUCCUCAUUGGCCUUGUGAAUCCUGGUUGGGUCCAACCUGACUGGGCGAUGCUGAAAUCUGUCCGCUGUAGAACUCCUCAGAGCCCCAUGUUAGUUAGUUGGGUGUACGCUCAUGGCCAUCUCAUAGGUGGACAUCAUGUCAACCCCUCAACCUGUAAUGAGUGUUUGGAAAUAAUGGUGCUUCAAAGUGAGCAUUCUGGCUAUCUCUAUGAGGCACUCUGCAAUCUGUGAUGCCUAGCAUCAGUAUCCUCCCUCCCCCCAAAAGAUACUGAGCCAAGACUAAGCCAUAGCCUUUAAAGCACAGGCCAGAGAAGACUAUGGAUGCUUCCUGGAGACAAUGCUACAGUAAGUGGUAGUGCUCAGGGUGUUUUCUGAAGACAGAGCCCCGAGGCAGGAGAGAUAGCUUUACAGUUCAAGGUGGAUCCUGUCUUUCUCCUUUGGAAUAAAAUCUAGAUGAAUAAUUUAUCCCUGAAUUAUGGUGGAGAGGGAUUGUCUUAUUAUUACACAGCCCAUGAGUCACUACUGUUUGCCCCAACCAUCAUCUUAAUAAGGUGACAGAAAUAACAUUAAUUAUGGAAAAUAUUGUGUCAUGGUCUUGGGUUGUGUAGUCACACACACGCACAUGGACAUACGAACUUAGAAUCCCAAAUGGGAGAGAGAAAGGGGAAGGGUGGGUGGAAGGGAGAGAGUGGGUGUUUCUUUUACAGAUCCAGUGAAGAAGGAAAGAGAGGAGGGAGCAUGUCCACAGGAAUGUGCUCUGAGCUUUUCCUCAGCGCAACAGACUUCCAAAUUAAGCAUGGUACUUCUUUAGUCCCAAGCAGGACUAGAACUUCCCUCCAUGAGUUUGGGCAGUUUAUGCUCAGCAAGGACAAACUAGUUGCUAUGAUUUCAAGGGCAAUAAAAAGAAGGUUGUCAAUCUAUAAGCACAUUUGAAGAGUGUGUGUGAGUUCAUGUUUGUGAGUAUGAAUAUGGUCAUGACACACACAUGCAAGUUAGAGGUUAACAAGGGGUGUAUGUCUUUAUCUUUCAGCUUGUUUGAGAUGGGAUCACCUGUUAUUUGUUAGUAUGUAUACAAGGUUAGCUGGUUCACAAACUACGGGAUAUUCUCCUGACUUUAUCUCCCAUCUCAACAUAAGCGUUCUGGUAUUAUAGAUGUGCGUUUUAUCCCUGGAUUUUAUAUGGAUUCUGAAGAUUUAAACUUAGUUCCCCGUGCUUGCACGGCAAGGACUUCAGCCAUUGUGCCAUUGCCCCAGUCCUUAAAAAAAAGUUAUAAACUUCAAACAUAUAAUCUAGACUUAAUAUUUUGGGGCAAAACCAAGCAAGUGCUAUCUACUCUAGAAAAUGAAGUUAUGGAGUUAAUUAUUCCAAUUUAGCCUCAGUGUGUGUACUAGCUAGGGUCUUUGUUUCUCUUUCACCUUUCCCACAGAAGGUGACAUGCAGAGACUGUGGAGAUGGACAGCCAGUGCUCUGGAAUGGACUUCUUGGGGUCCCCGUCCUCCGGUGUUGCUAAGAUGUGUGCAUUGAUGUCUUCCAAGCGACCAGCCUCUCCGUAUGGGGAGACAGAUGGAGAGGUAGCCAUGGUGACAAGCAGACAGAAAGUGGAAGAGGAGGAGAGUGAGAGGCUCCCAGCCUUUCACCUUCCCUUACAUGUGAGUUUUCCCAACAAGCCUCACUCUGAGGAAUUUCAGCCAGUUUCUCUGCUGACUCAAGAGACUUGUGGUCCUAGGACCCCCACUGUGCAGCACAACACAAUGGAAGUCGAUGGCAAUAAAGUUAUGUCUUCAUUAGCUCCAUACAACUCAUCUACCUCACCUCAGAAGGCAGAAGAAGGUGGGCGACAGAGUGGCGAGUCCGUGUCGAGUGCAGCCCUGGGGACUCCCGAGCGGCGCAAGGGCAGCUUAGCGGAUGUGGUGGACACCCUGAAGCAGAGGAAGAUGGAAGAGCUGAUCAAGAAUGAGCCAGAAGACACUCCCAGUAUUGAAAAGCUACUCUCCAAGGACUGGAAAGACAAGCUCCUGGCAAUGGGAUCAGGGAACUUUGGAGAAAUAAAAGGGACUCCUGAGAGCCUCGCUGAGAAGGAGCGGCAGCUCAUGGGUAUGAUCAAUCAGCUGACCAGUCUACGGGAGCAACUCCUGGCUGCCCACGAUGAGCAGAAGAAGUUGGCUGCAUCUCAGAUAGAGAAACAGCGUCAGCAGAUGGAGCUGGCCAAGCAGCAACAGGAGCAGAUCGCGAGGCAACAGCAGCAGCUUCUGCAGCAACAACACAAAAUCAACUUGCUUCAGCAACAGAUCCAGGUUCAAGGUCAGCUGCCGCCAUUGAUGAUUCCCGUGUUCCCUCCUGACCAGCGGACCCUCGCAGCAGCUGCCCAGCAAGGAUUCCUCCUUCCUCCUGGUUUCAGCUACAAGGCUGGGUGCAGUGACCCUUACCCUGUUCAGCUGAUCCCAACCACCAUGGCAGCUGCCGCUGCAGCAACACCAGGCUUAGGCCCACUCCAGCUGCAGCAGUUCUAUGCUGCCCAGCUAGCCGCAAUGCAGGUUUCUCCAGGAGGGAAGCUCCUAGGCCUACCCCAAGGCAACCUUGGUGCUGCCGUGUCUCCUACCAGCAUUCACACAGACAAGAGCACAAACAGUCCACCACCCAAAAGCAAGGAUGAAGUGGCCCAGCCACUGAACCUAUCAGCUAAGCCCAAGACCUCUGAUGGCAAAUCACCUGCAUCGCCCACCUCUCCUCACAUGCCAGCUCUGAGAAUAAACAGUGGGGCUGGCCCCCUCAAAGCCUCUGUCCCAGCAGCGUUAGCUAGUCCUUCUGCAAGAGUUAGCACAAUAGGCUAUUUAAAUGACCACGAUGCUGUCACCAAGGCAAUCCAAGAAGCUCGCCAGAUGAAAGAGCAACUCAGGCGAGAGCAGCAAGCGUUGGACGGGAAGGUGGCCGUGGUGAACAGCAUAGGUCUCAGCAACUGCCGGACAGAAAAGGAAAAAACAACACUGGAGAGCCUGACUCAGCAGUUGGCAGUUAAACAGAAUGAAGAAGGGAAAUUUAGCCAUGGAAUGAUGGAUUUCAAUAUGAGUGGAGAUUCUGACGGAAGCGCUGGAGUCUCAGAGUCAAGAAUUUACAGGGAAUCCAGGGGACGUGGAAGCAACGAGCCCCACAUAAAGCGUCCAAUGAAUGCCUUCAUGGUGUGGGCGAAAGAUGAACGGAGGAAAAUCCUUCAGGCCUUUCCCGACAUGCACAAUUCCAACAUCAGCAAGAUACUGGGAUCUCGCUGGAAAGCUAUGACCAACCUAGAGAAACAGCCAUACUAUGAGGAGCAGGCCCGCCUCAGCAAGCAGCACCUGGAGAAGUACCCGGACUACAAGUACAAGCCUCGGCCAAAGCGCACCUGUCUGGUGGACGGCAAGAAACUGCGUAUCGGGGAGUACAAGGCCAUCAUGCGGAACCGGAGGCAGGAAAUGCGACAGUACUUCAACGUUGGGCAACAAGCACAGAUCCCCAUCGCGACGGCCGGCGUUGUGUACCCCGGCGCCAUCGCCAUGGCCGGAAUGCCGUCCCCUCACCUGCCCUCCGAGCACUCGAGCGUGUCCAGCAGCCCGGAGCCCGGGAUGCCCGUGAUCCAGAGCACUUAUGGCACGAAGGGAGAGGAGCCCCACAUCAAGGAAGAGAUCCAGGCUGAGGACAUCAACGGAGAGAUUUACGAGGAGUACGAUGAGGAGGAGGAGGACCCGGAUGUGGAUUAUGGGAGUGACAGCGAAAACCACAUUGCGGGACAAGCCAACUGAUAAGGGCCAACAGACUGUGGUGAGCCGAGGACUUGAAGAAGCCCUGUCCGGUUCAUCCUUCCCAGUGGCCAAGCACAUUAACUCUCUCAUACACUGACUGUUAUUUUAACUGUUAGUCUUAAAUAGUUGGGACAUCAGCUGACAAAUAGACCUCAGCCUCAAAAGGCUCGGAAAGAAAAGAAAGAAAGAAAAAAUUACAAGCAAAAACGUCAUCAAGAAGAAGAGAUCGAAAUAAGCUAUGGGUUAAACAGUGCCAGUAACUCAGCUGCUACACCCCAGCACUGAAGUCUCACCCGUCAACUUUUUUUUUUUUUAAUAAACUUUAUGGCUGUUUGUUCUA